CCUCAGCGAGAGGGUGACAUGGCCAAGCACCAGCCGAGGGGCAGGAGCCACCCCAGCCAAGGGGAGGCCCGGGCAGGGCUGAGCAGCCUCAGGAACGGUGUAGGGGCGGGGUGGGGUGGCCUUGGAGCCGAGAACAGUCAUUGUGUUCCCAUGGGGGGGCAGGACAGGACGGUGCUGCCACAGGCCCAGAUUCUGGAUCGUGUGCAGGUACCAGAUCAGCUGGGGCAGAACCGGGUGGAGGGCGGGGUCGGUGUUUGACGUUAAGUGUCUGAGGUGCUAGAGGACACCCACGUGGAGAUGCCCGGUGGAGGGUAGGAGGUCACCAGUUGAGCGCACCAAAGGGAGCCCCUGGACUCCACUGGACAGUCAGGCCUGUGCAGCGGGAAGCAGCUCAGGUCACAGACACGGGCUCGGGCAGGAGCUGGCCUGGCCCAGGGCCUCGUGGCCGGCCACCAGCACCCACUGGGGAGGCUGUGAAUAGGGCGCCUGUGGGUGCUCAUUAUUGGGUCCUGGCCCAGGUAUGGUCAGCCCGUAGUGCAAAUGACUGUCCACCUCUGCUGGGUUCCCAGAGGACCAGAGCUGUGCCGUUAACAAAGGUCGGUACCCGUUUUCGGGUGCAUCCUGGGGUGCUUUUAUUCACGCCUUGAAUUCUAAUCGAAGACUCCGGUUGGAAUCCUAACUAGAGUCGUGUUGCCGUUACACGCACAGACACACACGCACACGCGUUUUGGGGGAGUGGGCGUUUCUGGUGGACGGAGGGGUGGGCGGUGAGGGCCAGCCUCUCUCUCCGCCAAGGCUUCUGCUCCCCAGAGGCAGCCACGGUCAGGAGUCCAGUGUGUAUUUUCCUGGAAGUUGUGUGGUAAACGUACUCCUCCACUGGCCGUUUUACAAAGAAAGUGAGGUGGUGGCGCCCUGACUUGCUCCCCCAGAGGCCCACAGCGUGAGGUGAAGCGUCCUGCUCGGCAAGGGGCCUGCCUGAGGGGGUUGACCUCGUUCUUGCGUCGUUUCUCCCGAGCAGUCUGCCUGCUGGGCUUCUGUGUCCCUGUUGCGGACCCGCCUCGGCCUCCAGGUGACGUCAGCCCCAUCACCCUGCCAGGGGAGCUCUUGGUCCCCCCUUCUGUCUGGCAGUUGGGGUGUGACAGAUAGCUUACUUGGCCUGGCAUUUCCCCAGAACCUGCCCACCCUCGGGCCUCCCUGUCAGGUGCUCAAACCAAAUCCCUGGGUCACUCUGUACUCCCACCAGAACCCGACCCCCGCUGGAGCCGCCACCGGGGCAGGACCAGGCGUGGCCAGGGCAUCAGUGGGCCCACAGGAGGGCUGUGGUCAAGCCAGGCAUGCAGGGCCUGGCAUGGGGUCCCCACAGGUUUGCGGCCUGGCAGGACUGUCCACGCCCAGCAGCUCUGGAGGCAGCCAGGCCCAGUGCCUCCCUGGAUGACAGCUUGGCUCCUGUGAGGACGCGCUCACCCGAGCCUGUGCACACACUGCAGGCCAUGCCAGCUGAGCUGGGCAGACGGCCCACUGCCCUAGGGGUGCACCGCCUCCCCAGGUGUCAGGUGGGACCUUCCUGGGCCCGAGAGCUCGGGGCCCAUCUAUGCUGCUCUGGGACUGGAGUCAUAGUUCACGGGGGUCCCAGCUGGGCCCAUCACGUGCUCCCUGCUCUUCCUCAGUCCCACAGGCUCCUCUGAUUUCCAUCUUCCCCAGGGACCAGGUGAUGGCAGCGGCCAGGCUCCUACCGCCACCGGCGGUGCCCCAGGCCAAGGUGACCUUCGAGGACGUGGCCGUGCUCCUCUCCCAGGAGGAGUGGGACCGCCUGGGCCCUGCUCAGCGGGGCCUCUACCGACAUGUGAUGAUGGAAACCUACGGGAACGUGGUCUCCGUGGGAAUUCCAGGAUCCAAGCCCGAGGUGAUCUCGCAGCUGGAGCGAGGAGAGGAGCCGUGGGUCCUGGACAAACAGGGAAAUGAGGGGCGCCGGGGCCUGGGCACUGGCCGCUCAGACACCUUCACGUGUGACCACAUGACAGCUUGUGUGCAGCAAGACAGCACGUCCUGUCCCUGGGGAUGUGAGAACAAGGAGCAGGACCAGAACAGAGACUUGAGUCUGAGACCACUCACUUCAGAGGAAAUUUCGAUGAUCCUGAGGAAAACACCUGCCGAGUGGAGUGAUCAGGGAAGCUGUGAACCCGAGGAGAGCUUCUGUCUGAGUCCCAGCCACACUGGCCCCCCCGAAGGCCGGGCCCUGAGUCAGGGCAUGCCUGUCGCUCAGCGACCAGCUGUUCCUGGCGGGGAGAGGCCCUACCGGUGCGUGGAGUGUGGGAAGUGCUUUGGGCGGAGCUCCCACCUGCUCCAGCACCAGCGCACCCACACCGGGGAGAGGCCCUACGUGUGUGGCGUGUGCGGCAAGGCCUUCAGCCAGAGCUCGGUCCUCAGCAAGCACAGGCGGAUCCACACGGGCGAGAAGCCCUACGCGUGUCACGAAUGUGGAAAGGCCUUUAGAGUGAGCUCAGAUCUUGCUCAGCAUCACAAGAUACACACGGGGGAGAAGCCACACGAGUGUCUCGAGUGUCGCAAGGCCUUCACACAGCUCUCCCACCUCCUCCAGCACCAGCGCAUCCACACCGGUGAGAGGCCCUACGUGUGCGGCGUGUGCGGCAAGGCCUUCAACCACAGCACUGUGCUGCGCAGCCACCGGCGGGUGCACACCGGGGAGAAGCCGCACGCGUGCGCGGAGUGUGGCCGUGCCUUCAGCGUGAAGAGGACGCUGCUCCAGCACCAGCGGGUCCACACCGGGGAGAAGCCCUAUGCCUGCGGCGAGUGUGGCCGUGCCUUCAGCGACCGCUCCGUCCUCAUCCAGCACCACAGCGUGCACACGGGCGAGAAGCCCUAUGAGUGCAGCGAGUGCGGCAAGGCCUUCCGGCACCGCUCCACCCUCCUGAACCACGAACGCAUCCACACCGAGGAGAAACCCUAUGGCUGCUACGCAUGCGGCAAGGCCUUCGUGCAGCACUCCCACCUGACCCAGCACCAGCGGGUCCACACCGGCGAAAAGCCCUACGUGUGUGGUGAGUGUGGCCACGCCUUCAGUGCCCGCAGGUCACUGGUCCAGCACCAGCGGGUCCACACGGGUGAGAGGCCAUUCCACUGUGCACAGUGCGACAAGGCCUUCAGCCUGAAGGCCACGCUGAUCGUGCACCUGAGGACCCACACAGGCGAGAGGCCCUACGAGUGUAGCCGCUGUGGCAAGGCGUUCAGCCAGUACUCGGUGCUCGUGCAGCACCAACGCAUCCACACAGGUGAGAGGCCCUAUGAGUGUGGGGAGUGCGGCCGCGCCUUUAACCAGCACGGCCACCUGAUCCAGCACCAGAAGGUACACAAGAAGCUGUGACCUUGGCCGCAUGCAAACGCGCACUCGGGAACUUGGGCACCCAGCCCCAGGAAGCCUCCAGUCCAAGGGAGGUGCCCGUCAGUAUCACUGAGAAGGGAAGCACUGACAUGUCUCUGGAAGAACUUCAGAGGAUGCCUCAUUUGUUUUGUUUCAACUUCUUGAGGUUCAACUGCAGAGUAAUUACACAAUUGUAGAGAAUUUUGGUGAAGACAGUUCCAAUUCAUUAUUUAACAUUAGUUUAUUAGAAAUGAGGAAGUAAAGGAAGUUACAGCAUAAGGAUUACUGUCACAGUAAAACUUCCUCACUCCAGAUAAAGGUUUUCUUCUUAAAACAUUAUAUGCCUUUCCUAAAUUCAAUGACUGUUCUGAUUAUUGCACUUAAAAUUAGAAUGUUGGACUAUAUUUUCAGUAUUCUGUUAAGCACUACAAUGUUGUGUGGAUAAAAUGAUAUAAAAAAG